GUGCCAUCGAUAGUUUGCCAUCCCUAGCUAGAAAGCAUUUUUUUUUACUCGAAAAAAACUAUAAAACUUGCUUGUUUUUGUGGAUUUAAUUGAUUAAAAGGACGGCAGGAUGGACGUGCGACCCAACCAGACGAUAUAUAUCAACAACCUGAAUGAGAAGAUCAAGAAGGAGGAGCUGAAGAAGUCGCUCUACGCGAUUUUCUCGCAGUUCGGCCAAAUCCUGGACAUUGUGGCACUGAAGACCCUGAAAAUGCGCGGCCAGGCAUUUGUGAUCUUCAAGGAAAUCGGUAGCGCCUCGAAUGCCCUGCGCACCAUGCAGGGAUUCCCCUUCUACGACAAGCCCAUGCAGAUAGCCUACUCCAAGUCGGACUCGGAUAUUGUGGCCAAGCUGAAGGGAACCUUCAAGGAGCGCCCCAAGAAGAUCAAGCCACCGAAACCGGCGCCAGGUGCCGAGGAAAAGAAGGACAAGAAAAAGAAGCCGACCAGCGCGGAGAACUCGAACCCGAACACACAAACGGAGCAGCCGCCCAACCAGAUCCUCUUCCUCACCAAUCUGCCCGAGGAGACCAACGAGAUGAUGCUGUCCAUGCUGUUCAACCAGUUCCCCGGCUUCAAGGAGGUGCGUCUCGUGCCGAAUCGCCACGACAUCGCCUUCGUGGAGUUCACCACGGAGCUGCAAAGUAAUGCCGCCAAGGAGGCGCUGCAGGGCUUCAAGAUCACGCCGACGCACGCCAUGAAGAUCACCUUCGCCAAGAAGUGAGCCCAGCGCCUACACGGACUCUAGGUGUAAACGUCGCUGGCUGGAGGUUCAAGCCACUCCAUUUAUAAUUUAAAGUAUAGAAU